UAGGUAGUAAUGUAGCCUAUCGAAUUCCUUAGCUUACUAAUUUAGCUCUUCUGCCGACCUCCGACAAUUUGAAGAUUCAAGACGACAAUUUGCCAAACCUCACAACCCGGACGGACCCCCGAUAAUUAUAUCGAUACAAUUCAAAUCCAAUCCACAAUGUCGUCGCAACCCUCACAACCAGGGGCACCUGGCGCUCCAACGUCGAACGCGAAUCCACAGUCCACUCCCUCCUCUUCCGCAUCCCCUACAAACCUAUCCCAACAGCAACAGCAACAGCAACAGCAACAACCACAAUCCCCCCCCUCCUUCCCCGAAAUCGUCAAAAACGACCCCAAGCGCACAGGCUUCGACCCCGCGACCUCCGAAUGGAUCAACUACUUCAAAGCGAUAACCAACACCAUGACCCCCGAGGGCAAGUUCCACUACCGCGAGACGAUCGCGCGGGAGAAGGAAGCCGCGCUGUGCGCGCGGUGCGAGGACCUGCGGGACUGGGCCUUCGCGCACUCGCCCACCGUCAUCUUCCUGCGCCAGAAGAUCGCGGCCCUCAACGGCUCCCUCGACAGGUCCAACGUCUUCUGCCGCCGGUGCCCCGCGCGCCUCACCGAGGACGGCGCCGUGCACCGCGCCAGCGGCGGCUUUUCGCCGGGGUCCGGCAUCCUCAUAUGCGCCGAUGUCAUCAAGGACCAGGCGCACAUGGAGGACACGCUGUCGCAUGAGAUGGUGCACGCGUGGGACCAUCUAAGGUGGAAGGUCGAUUGGAAUGGGGAGAAGGGGUUGAAGCAUGCGGCUUGCACCGAGAUCCGCGCAUCCAUGCUAAGCGGCGAGUGCAGAUGGGCGAAGGAGGCGUGGACGCGGGGGAACUGGUCGCUUACGCAGCAGUUCCAGGAGUGCGUGCGACGACGAGCCGUGCAGUCCGUCAUGGCGCGGCCGUGGUGCAAGGACGACGUCGAGGCCGUCAAGGUGGUCAACCAGGUGUGGGAUUCGUGCUUCUCAGAUACCCGGCCCUUCGACGAGGUCUACAGAUGAAGAUGAAGAGAGAGCAAAAAACAAAAAUUUGAAGUCAGACAGCCAAUCUUAAAAAAGACUGUGUGUAUUUGUAGUUACCUGUGCUAUUACUUACAUAAGCAUCCCCCCCCCUUCUCAUAGUGAAGAGGAGUUAUGUAGUCUGGACGACAAGCAAUGAGAUAUGAUAAUGUCACUAGCGUGCUUACUCAUUUUC